AACACAUCCACUGAUUUGAUUGUUUUUUACCUCCUUCUUUUUUGUCUUUUGUUGUUCUUGCUCUUUGGCUUGAUGCUUCAUGAUAACUUUAUAGUAAACCCGAUCUCGAGUUUCGCUCUAGGGGACUGUUACACAAGUCUGAGAACCGGAUCGAGCUGGUCUGAGACCUGGUCAGCCCCCCCGGCGCAAAAUACGGACAAAUAAACGCACAUGAAAUAUAAUAGCGUUUCUGAUGAUGUGAUAGUGCGAUUUGAUUUGAAUGUAUGUGUGAUCGGUGUAAUAUGGGUAAACAUGGCGGAGAACGUCCAGGAACGUCGCGGUUCUGGUUUUGCUCAGUUUAACGAAGAAGAAGAAUACGAGUGCAAAAUCUGCUACAACCGCUUCGACUUGGAGCGCCACACUCCCAAACAGCUGAGCUGCUCCCACAGCUUCUGCCAGGAGUGCCUCGAAACGCUUCACUCCCGAGAGGGUCAGGGAUGGAGAAUCGGCUGCCCGCUGUGUCGCCACCGGACUCCGCUUCUGGAAUAUAAAGUUCAGAACCUUCCGAACAACAACGCGCUGAUCGAGGCUCUUCCGCCGCAAACCCAGCGGGAUCCGAGCUCAUCAAGCAGGGAAGGACGGUCUGGCCCGUCCGAAUCCUCUGGCACCGAGAAAAGCUGCGAGACUUGCAAAAACAUCGCGUUUACCACGGGUUGUGUGUGCGCCAUCUUCUCCGUCCUCUCUAUGGUGGUGCUUUUAUUUCUGGGACUCAUUUUUGUACACAACUUCAACCACAUAGCGUCGCCCGUCGGCCCUGUUUGCCUGUUGGUGGCCAGCGUCCUUGCUCUGCUCGCCUUAAUGCUCACUUGGCUGAUGUGCAUGCUGAAAUAUGGGACAGAAACAGAUGCCAGUAUUUCAGUUCCCUCGUAUCUAAUGUGAUCAUCAGAUGCAUAUCUGGAAUUAUACAAUGAGAUAUUUGAGGCUGGCUUAUCCUGUUUUUGUGUGAAAUUCUUCUUGUUACCCUAUGCAGGAAUCCUGAGCACUAAUAGAAUAUUGUCUUGUAUGAAAAAAUACAGUUAUUGUCAAUGAUGA